GCGGGGACGGGGACGGGGACGGGGGCAGGAGGGGCCGGGCCGGGCGGGACAGCGCGGUUACCCCCGCACCUCUCCCCGCGCUGCCGCUCCGGGACUCCGGACGGGGCGGAAGCGGCGGCUGCAGGGAGACACGGGAUGAGAUCCCCCGGAUGAGGGAGAUCCCCGGGAUGAGGAGACCCCGGGAUGAGGAGACCCCGGGAUGGGGAGAUCCCCGGGAUGAGGAGACCACCGGGAUGAGGGAGACCCCCAGCAUGAAGGACAUCCCGGGAUGAGGGAGACCCCCAGAAUGAGGGAGAUCCGGCAGCAGCUCCACUCUGGGCAUCAGACGUCCCGACCCAGCUCCCCAAAAUCACGGGAGGGAAAGGGGGGGGUGACCUAGGGUGAGGGCUGCGGCUGCCCGAUCCAAAGGCACCUUUUCCAGCAUCAGACAGGGGGAUGCAGCGGGACCUUCAGCCACGGCAGCACAACUGCCGUCAAGCCCCACCUACUGUACAUAAAGGGUUUGCAUUUUUAAUUUAAUAUACUUUGAAAAGUCUCCUUUAUUAGUAUAACUGUCAAGGGCAGCUGCUCUGAGGUCAUUGCAUAUGACUAAUGGGUGGGUUUGUGUCUUAAAUGAAGGGAAAUGGACACACUGGGCAGCGCAGAGCCCACAGCGAUGCAGGAGCUGCCCGGAGUUUCGGUGUCAAUGCAGACAGAAGCGAGCUGGCUUCGGGAACACGCCUGCGGAAUAUCAUGACGAGAGGCUGGAAAUGCCUUUGAGGAUAAUGCAGGAUCAGAUUAGUGCUGCGAGUCACUGUCCCCAAGCAAUAAGCCGCCUCCGUGACUUCAGGGGCCCGGUUUUGUAAAGCCCCGACCCAGCGACAGCGCCCAGUUCCCGUCCCAUGGGCGCUGGGAAGGCUCCGUGCGGACCCAGCGCCGCCUCCUGAGCGCGAGGGGUCUGGCCAGGGGGUCUCGGGCAGCCAUGGGCUCGGUGAGGAAAGGCUGCUGUGCUGGAAAACAAAGAGAAAGUGUGUCCGAGAACACAGCACUGCUGUUCAGUAAUUCUCGUUAUUGCUGUCACUCGCAGCCCUGUCAGAAGAGUUCAGCAGCUUAGAUGUUCUGUGUGCGAUGGAGUUCAAAGAAGAGUUUGUGACGCUGUUCAAGAAGUCGCUGCGCACGCUCCCGUCCGUCGGGCUCCCGACCCUCCUGGCCUACAGACCCGAGUCGUUGCGGGGCAGCGUACGGACUGAGGCAGAGGAGGACGCUGCCCCGCGGUGCGAGUUCUGCGGCAGCCCGCUGAGGCCGUUCCCCCCGUUCGAAGACGUCUUCCCGCCGCCGCAGGACCGGGCAUGGGUGAGCCGGGUGGGCCUGGCGGGCUUGCCGGGGGGGCUGCGCCCGCGGCACCGCUCUCCUGCCUUCCAGACCUUCUGCUGCGAGCGCAGCCGGGACCUCUACGAGUUCAUUGUGGUGGAGCGGAGGAGCGGCGAGCGCGCCCGCAGCGUCCCCAGCGCCACCGGCGCCCCCGACGCCGCCGCCCCCGACGCUGUCACCCCCCACGAGCCCCACGGCACCGAGGCCGACAGGCGGCUGUCGAAGGACAGGGCGUACCAGAGGCAGCAGGAGCGGCGCAUGGCCAGGCAGCUGGCGGCGCGGGCGGCGGGGCCCGGCAGGAGCCGGCCCGAGGGUCCGGGCCCGGCUGGCACCAUCUCCUACCUGCUGUCCCAGGAGCCGCCGGCGCCGCGGGGCUGGACGCUGCUGCCCGGCGACGGAGCCGCCGAGCCCGCGCAGGAGCUGCAGCCCGACAGCGUCACCUGCUGCGACUUCAGCCUCGUGGGAGGGAAGGUGGUGAAGAACGAACUGUUGGAAAAAUACUACAAACAUGGAGGGAAAUUCCUCACCGUGCUUCCCGAUGGAACAGCGCAGCUGUUCUAUCCAUCUGGGAACCUGGCCAUCAUCGUCGUGCGAGAGAAAAACCAGCUUAUUUGCAUAGUACAGGAAGACAAGCCGAGUAACGGUGAAAUACAAGCGGUGUUCAGCUCCAGCGGCAGAAGUACCUGCUACCACCCGAACGGAUCCGUGUGGGUUAACACGAGCGUGCAGGGGGGGCAGCACUUGGACCGAACAGGCGGCAGGGUGAGACGGUGGAUGUGGCCACACAGCGUCACGUCCCCAGGACCCCAGGUCCCGCUGAGCCCCACCUUCCUCUCCCUGAACCGGCACGUGGGCGUCCGGAUCCUGGGCCAGGACAAGAUCACCGUGUCCUUCCUCGCCAUGGGCCAACAAGCAAAAUUCAAUGUGGGAACCAGAGUGCAGGUUGGCGACGGGGGCCGGCCGCCUCCCCCGGCCCAGCUGGGCGAAGACGAGCUCCUGCUGCUGGCCUUCAGGGUGAGGAUCCUGCGGCUCUUCGACAGGCUGCGGGGGUGCUUAAGCUUUCCUUCUAACGAGCAAUGGGACAAAAUCAAGCCUCCAGCCUACCUUAUCACACAGACCUUAAAGAUCUUACAGCUUUGCACAACUUCGGAUGUAAGCGAUGAGCUGCGCAGCUCGGUCAGGGCGAUAGUAAAUGCUCAAGUCUGACCAGCGCGUUUGUGUGAAGCAAAAUGCGGCAGAGAUGCUGCAACACCGCAGCACCCGCGUACACCGCGCACAGAGCAAGCGCAGCCCGUGGCCGAUCCGCGCGGCCCCUCUCCUGCCGCCCGUCCCAGGGGGUCUCGCUCAGCAGGAGCGCGUGGUGGGGCAGGGAGCACCAGGCCACCCUCGUCGUCAGCCCACGCUGGAGCACGUCUCGGCCACAGCAGCACCGAGAGGGACUUUGCUCGGGGCAGAGUAAAUCCGUGCCUGAUGUCAGCACAUCGCUCCUAAGCAACCUCCCUCCCAUCUCCCGGCAGAAACUGGCCCAGCUCAGCGGCUGUUUCAGCCCGCGGAUGUGGCACAAAGACAAACAGAGCGCAGCUAAGGCACAGCCUGUGACAGGCACACGGGCAGGGGGUGUUUGCUCAGCAGCCGCCCGCUCGGGCACCGCUCUGCACAGCCGGCGCGGCUGCAGGGACGCGGCCCCAGCGGGACGCCCAGGCUGCCCUGGCGCGAGCGCCGGACGGCAGCUCAGCCUCCGCAGGUACGAGACGCAGCCGUUCCCCUCGCAGAGAGAGGGACAGAGCCCAGUUUGUCCGAACCAGUGAAAGGCCACUGUCUUGGCGACGUCAGUGUGGGUGCCGGCGCCAGGCGGUUGUUAACGCGCACGGCACAGCACGGACCAGCCGCAGCCUCUGGGCAGCAGCUGCGGAACAGCUGACGGUGGGACAGCUCUGCUGCACCGGGCUCCCCGUGCCUCCCUCCCGUGAGCUCGGCGGCUGCGGGAGCAGCGUGGGCAGUGUGGACAGAGGUGCUGGGGCACAGACCCCUCAGGAACUGGAGGCUUCAGUCUGGCUCCGACCCCAGCUCCCAACAGUUCGCACGUUCGAGGCUGGAGGCUUCACCUGGCCCUGGGUCCUGCACCCCAGCAGCUUUGCGAGGUGGCUCCGGAUGUCUCUGCAGUGCAGGGCGUAGAUGAGGGGGUUGAUGAGGGAGUUGGUCUCGCCCAGCAAGAACAAAGCGUCCUCGAGCGGGCCGGACAGGUUGCAGGAGCUGCAGGCGGCCUGCACGGUGCCUCCCACCAGGUAGGGGCCCCAGGAGAGGCUGAAGCCCAUGAGGACGAUGAGCACAGUGCGCAGGGCCUUGCAGCGGCGCAGGCGGGGGGGCCGUGCCCGGGCGCCGCCGUGCCAGAGCCGCCUGUGCUGCAGGGAGGCAAUGCUGCCCACCCAGACGUGCAGGCAGAGCAGCGCCAGCAGGGACGGGCCAAAGAUGCCAAAGCAGAUCACGUAGAGGUACUCGCUCUUGGCCACGUACAGGAGCCCACAAUAACCCGUGUAGUUGCCACGCUGGAGAGAGGGCAGGAUCAGAGGCAAGUGCCCAAAAAAGAAGGAGAGCGUCCAGAGGGCAACGAGGGAGAGGACCACGGGUGUUUUCUUCAGGAGGGUGGGGUAGGAGAGAGGCAGCAUCACCGCCAGGUACCUGUCCAGGGAGAUGAGGAGCAGGGUCAGGAUGGAGCCGAUGCAAGGCGUCAUGCUCACGGCCACGCGCAGGAGGCAGAGCAACUCGCUCUGGUCAAAACUGUGGAGGACGUCGCCCAGCGCCUCGGUGAAGCACGUCACGCCCACCAGCAGGUCGGCGGUGGCCAGGUUGAGGAUGUAGACGUAGCUGGGGCCCGGCUGCUUCCUCAGCAGCUGGCAGACCGCCACCAUCACCAGCAGGUUGGCCGGGGGGAUGAGGCAGCUCAGGAGGGAGCGCAGCACCACGUACAGGAGGUUCACCAUCUUCCCUGGCGAGGAGGGUUGAAAGAGAUGCCCAGAAAAACAGCUCCAGCGCAGAAAAACCUCACCAGGAGGAGACGUGGCUGAGCUGGAGCGGUGGGACAGAAGUGCCUCAGACCCUCCAGCUGCAGCCUGAGGCCAGGAGCACCUCAGCACCUUCGAGGGACACUUCGUCCAUCCCAGGAGACCUCCAGGCCCUUCCCAGCUGCCACAAGUCUCCGGUGUUUUUUUCAAGGCUCUUGGCCUCUCUCUGACCCAUCUGGUUUUGCUGCCCACCCGCAGGCUGCUCGGGACGCGGGAGAGCCCGAGUCCUGGGCUGCGCUCGGCAGCGCGGCAGCUCAGCGCGGCAGCUCAGCCCGGCGCUGGCCGGCCGGCGGCUCCCAGCACCUGUGACGCACGGCGACGCGGGGCAGCUUGGCCAAACAAAGCCGGGAGGAGCAGCCAGCCGGGAUGGGAACGCGGGUGGCCUGCGCUCCUCCCAGCUCCCAGCACCAGCCCUCCCGGCACAGCGCCCGCAGGCAACGCACCGCUGCCCUGGGGGUGUCCCCGGUGACAGGGGACAUCGGGGACAGCAGCGGGGCAAUGCUGGGGACGUCGGGGACACCAGCGGCGUGGGGCGAUGCUCAAAGGGUUCAUCACUGUCCCACCUUUCAUCUGGUUUUCCAGGCCACAGGUCAGCAAACACAUCCCAAAUGAGCUUCUAGUCGGCACAGCCACAAGUGCAACACCAGUAGGAAGCUGCACAGUAGACAAAGGCAAAAACAUCAAUCCAACAGACAGCAAAUUAGGCUCUGGAUAAACGUACCAUAAAGUUGUGCAGGAGGGGAGACCAAAAAGCUGCGAUUGUACACCAGGACAACACGUGGGUGUCUGUGCUCCCGCUGCCCCGGCGAUGCCGCCGCACCCCUCUCCACAAAAGAAAGACAUUAAAUCAGGAGAAAGCUCCUGGGAGCCCCGACCCCACACGCAGCCCCGGCUGCUCUGGUGCCCAGAGCCGAGUGGCGAGCGGCACACGGGCCCGACCCUGGCACUGCCGGAGGUCUGCGGGCCAAACCCGCCCAGCUGGGCUGCAGCCCGAGCUUCGCAAGCACCGGAUCCAGAGCAGAACAAGUUCUGGUUAAAGCACCACAGAUACUGACUCAUCAGCUGGUGUUUGGCAACCGGUUUAUAGCCAGGCCGGCAGGUAUUGCUGCCUUUAACGAGCACCAAGGCUCUUUAUUUCUAUUUUAUUGUUCCAUUUUUCCACUUGGAACUGCUCCAUGACUGGUGAUCGCUUGCUCCAGCCCAUUAAAACCAAGCCUGCUCCACGCACCCCACAGCCCAGAGCAACUGCAGACACGGCCAAACGCCGCACAGCGCUGGCUCUGCAACGGGAGAAGCCGCUGGCACACGAGCGAAGGCUCUCGCGUACCCAGCUCCAACACACCCGUUAACUCCCGCUCCAAGGGACACGGAGGGACCCGGGGCCGCGAGCAGCGGCUCCCAGCCAUGGGGACAACCCCCGGCCCCGCCAGAACACGCAGCCUGGCCCCGCUGGGCUCCCCGGCACAGCUGCACCUGAACCACGGGGACGUGCCACAGCUCUGGGUGCUCCUGCGGGACACGGAGCUUGUCGGGCUCACUCAACACAAACAACACCAGCGACUUUGCAAAGUAGGAUUUUAUGCAUUUCUUCAAUUGCAGUUUUAAGAAUAUCCAUCAGUGACUCAAACAAGGUACUUCACGCAGUCAUGACAACUCUUUAUUUCAAUUAACCUCCUCGUUUCUGUGUAGGACAGUCGAAGGCCCAGCUUUUCAUCCCUUCCCAAUGGUCACGGAAAAACCUCUUGAGCUGGCAAAGACAAUUUAGAGAGCAGCUCGUCUUAGUUCUCACUGCAGUCACAAAAUGAUGUAACUACUCUGCAUAUAGUUUUGUUUAUAUAAUUUAGUAUAUAAUGCACUGUUCAACUCUGCCAUAUAUUCUGAAAAAUAUACAAAC